GGAAUGAGGACCCGCGGCACAGACAGGCGGCAGCCACUCGGGCUAGGGAAGGCGCGAGGGAGGGGAGGCGGACCGCGCGCCGCGCUCCGGGGACGGUGACCGCGACGAGGCGGCUCUUCUCCCCGGCCGGGCCGAGCGCAGGGGGUCGCGGGAGGGCGGGGCAGGGCAUCCGCGGGGUUGGCGCGCCUGGCAUUGCAGCCCAACUCCUGGCGACCGCGCGGAGACUUUGCGAAAGAUCCGAAGGCAGAAAAGCUGUGACACUUUUGAUACAGGGGGUAGGGGGGUGGGGGGCGGGGGCACGUCGCAAGCGGAGGCGAAGGGACGCAGCGGGACACCUGCCGCCCGGCGGGGUUGGCAGCGAUGUGACCUGGACGCCCGCCCCGAAGGAGUCCGGACCGAACGUCCCCGGAGAGUCGCCAGCCGUGCCAGUAGCUUUAGGUUGCAUCAGCAACUCGGUGGCUGGCUGGGCCUUAUUCCCCCAAGAGACGCCUUCCGACCCCAUGGCACUGGCAGAGGGGGAAAGAAAGGUUUAGCCGGGAGCAGGCUUCUCCCCUCAAAGUUACUGGACUAAAUUCCCUACCUCCAGCAGCCUCCUCUAGAGCUGAUUAUAAUUUAAAGACCAAUUUCAAACUGGCAGAGGGAGGACCACUCUCAGUUGUUCUGACAUACAGUGGGAGCUGGCAGCAUGAAGUGAACUCCACAAGUAAAGUGACAAGCUCAGGAAAAUGCAAAAAUAGUGCACUACGUGGAAGAAGGAGAAAAGAAGUCAACUUCAAGCAGACUGACUCAAAUCGAGAUCUCCUUUGCGAAGCUUAAGUGUCCAGGAAACUGCAUUGGUAUUUUUUCACUUGGAAAAUACUCGAGUUCCAGUGGCUUUACCAUCCUGCACCUUACUUUCUGAAAACCUGGCAAUCCCAUGUGGACUUCUGGUAGAAUGAGCAAUGCAAAGAGCUGGCUGGGACUUGGCAUGUCCUUGUACUUCUGGGGACUGAUGGACCUUACAACCACCGUUCUCUCGGGCACACCAACACCACCAAGCAAAUUAGAAGCACUUCUGUCAGACAAGCCACAGUCACACUCGCGGACAAAGAGGAGCUGGGUCUGGAACCAGUUUUUUGUUCUGGAAGAGUACACUGGAACUGAUCCUUUGUAUGUUGGCAAGCUUCACUCAGACAUGGACAGGGGAGAUGGAUCCAUCAAAUACAUCCUCUCAGGAGAAGGUGCAGGUGUCGUGUUUACCAUCGAUGACACCACUGGAGACAUCCAUGCCAUUCAGAGGCUUGAUCGAGAGGAAAGGGCCCAGUAUACUUUAAGGGCUCAAGCCCUAGACAGGCGGACUGGCAGACCAAUGGAGCCAGAGUCAGAGUUCAUCAUCAAAAUCCAAGACAUCAAUGACAAUGAGCCCAAGUUCCUGGAUGGACCUUAUGUCGCCACUGUGCCAGAAAUGUCACCAGUGGGGACCUCUGUUAUCCAGGUGACAGCCACAGAUGCUGAUGAUCCAACCUACGGCAACAGUGCCCGGGUAGUGUACAGCAUUCUCCAGGGCCAGCCAUAUUUUUCUGUGGACUCCAAAACAGGUGUAAUUAGGACAGCACUCAUGAACAUGGACCGAGAAGCCAAAGAAUACUAUGAAGUGAUUAUCCAAGCCAAGGACAUGGGAGGACAGCUUGGAGGACUAGCUGGGACCACAACAGUCAACAUCACCCUCUUGGAUGUCAAUGAUAACCCACCCCGCUUUCCCCAGAAACAUUAUCAGAUGAGUGUGUUGGAAUCGGCUCCAGUCAGCGCCACUGUGGGUAGAGUGUUUGCCAAGGACUUGGACGAAGGAAUCAAUGCCGAGAUGAAAUACACCAUUGUGGAUGGAGAUGGUGCAGAUGCCUUUGACAUUAACACAGAUCCCAAUUUCCAAGUUGGCAUCAUAACUGUGAAGAAGCCCCUGAGUUUUGAAAGCAAGAAAAGUUACACCUUAAAAGUGGAAGGAGCCAAUCCUCACCUAGAGAUGCGUUUUCUGAACCUAGGCCCAUUUCAGGACACAACAACAGUGCACAUCAGUGUGGAAGAUGUGGAUGAGCCCCCCAUAUUUGAGCCAGGCUUUUAUUUUGUGGAGGUUCCUGAGGAUGUGGCGAUUGGAACAACCAUCCAGAUCAUUUCUGCCAAGGACCCGGAUGUAACCAACAACUCAAUCAGAUAUUCCAUUGACAGAAGUAGUGACCCUGGCAGAUUCUUCUAUGUUGACAUUACAACAGGUGCCCUAAUGACUGCAAGACCCCUUGAUCGGGAGGAGUUUUCUUGGCAUAAUAUCACUGUCCUUGCUAUGGAAAUGAAUAAUCCUUCCCAGGUUGGAAGUGUUUCCGUCACAAUCAAAGUCUUAGAUGUGAAUGACAACGCUCCAGAAUUCCCCAGAUUCUAUGAAGCUUUUGUGUGUGAAAAUGCCAAAGCAGGGCAGCUGAUCCAGACAGUGAGUGCAGUGGACCAAGACGACCCACACAGUGGCCAGCACUUCUACUACAGCUUGGCUCCAGAGGCUGCUAACAACCCCAACUUCACCAUUAGGGACAACCAAGACAACACCGCCCGGAUUCUCACCAGGAGGUCUGGCUUCCGGCAGCAGGAGCAGAGCGUCUUCUACCUGCCCAUCCUGAUAGCGGACAGUGGGCAGCCGGCGCUGAGCAGCACAGGCACGCUGACCAUCCAGGUGUGCACCUGCGGCGACGACGGCCACGUCCUCUCCUGCAGCCCCGAGGCCUACAUGCUCCCUGUCAGUUUGAGCCGGGGCGCCCUCAUCGCCAUCCUGGCCUGCAUCUUCGUCCUCUUAGUGCUGGUGCUGCUCAUCCUGUCCAUGAGGCGGCACCGGAAACAGCCGUACAUCAUCGACGACGACGAGAACAUCCACGAGAACAUCGUCCGCUACGACGACGAGGGCGGCGGCGAGGAGGACACCGAGGCCUUUGACAUCGCGGCCAUGUGGAACCCCCGGGAGGCGCAGGGGGGAGGCGCCCCCAAGACGCGGCAGGACAUGCUGCCCGAGAUCGAGAGCCUCUCCCGCUACGUGCCUCAGACGUGCGCCGUGAACAGCACGGUCCACAGCUACGUGCUGGCCAAGCUCUACGAGGCCGACAUGGACCUGUGGGCCCCGCCCUUCGACUCCCUCCAGACCUACAUGUUCGAGGGGGACGGCUCCGUGGCCGGGUCGCUGAGCUCCCUGCAGUCGGCCACGUCGGACUCGGAGCAAAGCUUCGACUUCUUGACGGACUGGGGGCCCCGCUUCCGGAAGCUGGCGGAGCUCUACGGGGCGUCGGAGGGGCCCGCGCCGCUGUGGUGACGGAAGCCGGGAGGCAGGCGCGCGUCCAAACGCGGACGUUCUCGGCGGCCGCGCGGCCGCGGUGCAGCCGACCACGCGAGCGAGCAAUACCGUGCCGGAGAGUGAGAGGGUGAGCGGCGGCGGAGAGAGCUCUCUCUGGAUCAGCUUUACUUGGUUCCGUGAAGUUAAGCAGUCGAAAGGAAACACGGGAAGAAGCGGGGGCAGAAACUCCAAUAUCCUUUCGUUCCUUUUUUCUUUUUCAUUUUUGCGACACCGCCUUCAAGGGCUUGGAGUCCAAGGUCAAGUGAUGGCGAGCUUGGCCUUUCUCUCCCAUUCGCCAAGGCCUUUGUCGCUUUGUCACUCUGCCACCACUGAAGAGUUUCUGGUCUUACCUACACAGGUGGCAACUGAAGGGAAGUUUGACUCUCAUAUCCUUUUUCCUUUUUCCUCCCUUUUUGAAAAAAUUUUUAUCUUUGUUCUCCAUUUAAGGGUUUUGCUGGCUCAUCAGACCGCACAAACCAACCCACACAAAAGAACGCUGAAAAUUUGUUACUCGGUGAAAUUAACCUACUUGUCCUGGGAUGGAUGGAAUUUCUUUUAACCCUUUUGAGACGAGGUUAAGGCGAAUCAGCCUUGCAUGACGGGUGGGUGGGGGAUGGGAGAAGGAAGAGGCAUUGACUUUGUGCUCAAGUUUAACGGCUGAACCAAGAGUUGCUGGCAUUGCAGCGAAACCAACGGCAUCAAGUUAGAGUGCUCUGUUCUCUCGGCUCUUGAACUGUGCCCCUGCAAAAUUGUUCAGAACAAACCAGAAAAUCUGCCUCUUUUGCACUGUAGAUGUCUCUUCCAUGUGCCAAAUGUGAAGAUUAGAUGCUACAAAUGAAAGCCAAAUAAAAAGAAGUAUCUGAUAAAAGCAUGGGUUAGAGGGCUUUCCUAAUCUGUGUGAGGUCAAUCCAAGGGAUGUUUACAUACUGUAGAUAACCUACUUGAACAAAAAUCAGUAUUAUAGAGAAUAAAUGGAUGUAAGAAAAUUACAUGUAUAAGUUUUGUAUAUUUGUUAAUAAUUUUGGUAAUAAAUAUGAUGUACUGCAUCUCAGUACCCUAGCACUUCUUUUAAUAAAAGUUAAAUA